GAUUGUGACACCCGGACACCCUCCAGCAGCCCCACAAACCCGGCCCGUGAGUCAGCCCUGGGGGACCCAGCGUGGCGCUGGGCUUUCCCCGAGCCGGUCCCUGGCCUUCUGGGCUGGUUUCCGUGUCCCCACCCCAACCCCCCGGAGAGCAGGAGCCACAGAAGCCCGCAAGCAUGACCCCGAGGCUGCUCCUGGCCCUCGCCCUCUGGAGUGGCUGCCUGUCCUGUCGGGGAGAGGAAGGGACUCCGAGCCAGCCUCAGGUGCAGUGCUGGGCCGCCAGGUACCCGGUUGCUGUGGACUGCUCCUGGACACUGCCAUGGGCACCCAACCGCACCACGGCCACCUCCUUCAUCGCCACAUACAGGCUUGGUGUGGCCGCGCAGGGGGAGAGCCGGCCCUGCCUGCAGCCCGUCCCGGAGACCCCGCGCUGCUCCAUCCCCGACAUCCAGCUGUUCUCCGCGGUCCCCUACGUGCUCAACGUCACCGCCGUGCACCCCGCGGGCGCCCGCAGCACCUUCGUGCCCUUCGUGCCCGAGCGCAUCAUCAAACCCGACCCCCCGGAAGGCGUGCGCUUGAGCCCCCUCGCGGGGCGGCAGCUCCAGGUGCAGUGGGAGCCCCCUCGGUCCUGGCCUUUCCCAGAGAUCUUCUCUCUCAAGUACUGGAUUCGCUACAGGCGGCACGGAGCCAUGCACUUCCGCCAGGUGGGCCCCGUCGAAGCCACAUCGCUCAUCCUCAAGUUUGUGCGGCCCCGGGCCAGGUAUUUCGUCCAGGUGGCUGCGCAGGACCUCACGGACUCCGGGGAGCUGAGCGACUGGAGCCCCCCUGCUGUCACCCUCACGGCCCCGGGCAAGUAGUGGGGGCCUCCCAGCACCCACAGGGGGCCUGGGGCCUGGGCCCCCACUGCUGCUGUCCUCUGGGAGGGUCUGGGAUCCUCUCGGCUUGGGAUUUGGCCCUGACUGCUGCCGCCCAGCGGCUGGGCCACCUUGGGCAAGUGACUUCGCCUCUGAGCCUCAGUUUUCCAAUCUGUGGAAAAGGGCUGUGCUGUUUCCCUUGAUCACAGGGCAGCUGCGAACGGGAGGCGCUUUUAACAAAAUUAAAUUAGAAAGGAAUCGUU